AUGGCUAUCUCUGCGAUAGGCAAGAUUGCCGCUACCUUUGCAAUAAUUAUAGGGACAAUCUCUACGGUAUUCUACAAACCUCUCGUCACCAAGAUACAUACUCUUCACAAUCUACCAGGAGAAUGGCAUCCGUUUGACGGCGGAUCCGCUGACAUCCGCUUCUCGGAUACCAUCAAAUACUCGGAAGAUAUUGUCAUCGACAAUGAUCGCGGCAUCGCGAUAAUUAGUUUUGAUCCCGGAAGGUCGGAAUGGAAUACUGUUAUGGGAAUCUUCAGGGACCCGAAUCCGAAAGGAAGUCUCUAUAUCUAUGACUAUGCCGCAACGGGAACCAUUAAGGAGCUAGUACUUACAGGCUUUCCCGACACGAUUGAUUUCCACCCCGUUGGAAUAAACUUCUUCCGCAGCUCUCCCCAAUCCAAGACAAGGCUCUUUGUUGCCAAUCAUCAGCGGACUGGGACUACGGUGGCGGUAUUCGAUAUCGACUAUGACCUAUAUCAAGCAAAGUAUAUUACGACAGUAUUUGAUAACAAUGAGACCAUUGUUUCGCCAAACUCUAUCGCACCGGUUUCUUAUACCCAGUUCUAUGUUACGAACGACCAUCACUAUCUUGCGAGGACAAGACCGUUACUGAGUAAAAUUGAAACAUACUUCUCGAUGCCAUGGGGCUGGGUCACGUUUGUGGAUUUCUCUUCCACCGAACACCUUAAGUGCGAAAUAGUGGCCACGAACAUCUCAUUUGCGAACGGGAUCGUGAUGACGCCAACUGGCAAAGAGGUCAUCGUGGCUUCUUCAGGGCACGAUGCCGUCUACAUUUAUCAGCGAGACUCGGAGACCAAUUCUCUAUCUAGUACCCAUGAAACUGUUCACGUCAAUUUCCAUCCCGACAACGUCAAUUUCGACCACUCUCUCGAUAUUUCUGACCCCACUGUGUUCGACGCGGACGGGAGGUUCCUUCGCGGGCUGACUGUCGGUGGCCAUCCAUCCAUAAUCAAACUCGUUCAAGCGGUCCAUAGUCCUGAAUCUGUUAAGGCGCCUUCAUGGGUUGCUGAGAUACGACGAGGCGCUGGAGUAGAUCCGGCGCCAUGCCCUGCUGCGCCGCAGCAGCCAAAGUUUUAUGCGCGAACAUUGUAUCAAAGCAAUGGAGAGCAUUUUUCGACCAGCACUACAGGGGCUCUUGAUUCCAAACGAGGCCGUUUACUGGUUGCUUCUUUAUACGGGAAAGAUCACAGGCAUAGACUAUCAAAGCAGCAGAAACAUUACCAACACUCUCUUAGCUUCAUUCAAGAAAUUCUAGAGAUGAAGAGCAAUGGCUUCUAG